AUUUUAUAGACCUGACUAAAAAGCUGUGUGAUCAUUGAUGAGGAGUAUGUUUGCCAAGUCGUUCUUGGCUCUUCGUUGUGAAUGAUGUGUGGAGACAUUUAGCACUACAGUAUAUGUAUCUUCUUCUGUUCAUUGCUUUGUUGGGCUAAGCGCGACACAUUUACCCUUGCCUUACAGUGAUAGCAGCAGUAGCAGCCUAGGUGGAGCCUGAAUCAUAAGGAUGGACUCUGUGUCCAUUUAACUGAUCAUUUAUGUCCAGAUACAGAGAGGCUUUUGGUGUUCAGCUCGUAGCUUCAAAAAGAUAAGAUUUACCCACGAUAACGCUAUUGAUUGUUUGCCUACAUUGAUGCCUGCCUAUCCAUUGGCAGGGCCCUAACCUUUCUGAACACCACACUACAGAAUUUAACUGGUAAGGUAUUAAAUAUUAACAAAUGUCCAUGGACAAUCAUUUUGCCAUAUAGAAGUAUGCAGGUUUGGGGACAGAUUACAGAGCAGUAGAAUUGAAUAAGGUAGGGAGCCAUUCACAGACACAGUAAUUUUAAGCCUUUGACGUGAGGUGCACUUAAAUAUUCAGCAUGGGGUCCUAAUUGGAAACUGCUAGAGAGAAAAAGGGUGAAUGCUAGAAGAGUUGAUGAGAAGAGUGCAUUUACUUCAGAAGUAAGACAAGAUUCUAUAUAUCACUUGCCUUGGAUAUCUUAAUUUUGGGGAAAACCUAAGUGGCAUAUGUUCACUGGGUCACCAGUUCCUGAGAAGAGGAGAACACCUGCUUAUUUUUCUAUGUAAAAUAUUGUGCUUGGGAUUCCAAACAUGAAGCUGAUGGUAAAUCUUGAAUAACUGGAGAUUCAGUACCAAUUCAGAGAUGUAACUCCCUCUCAAAACACUGGAAAAUACAAGGGAGUCAUUGGUCUGUUCAUGAUUACAGAGUUAAAAGGCUGUGACACACACGGGGCAAUUUCUUCAGCAAGUGAUUACAUUUGCACUAGUAUCCUUGGCAACAGGAAGUUAUUGAAUGAACUGACUUUUACAGUUGAGGAACAUCUUGUGCUUUGGCUGCAGAUCUUUGAUCUCUCAUAAGAAAAAAAGAAAAAAAAAACAGUGUGCGAUAAUCUAAUAUAAUUGCUGGAAAGUUCCUGUAACAAGGAGGCCUUGAGGGAUUUAGUUGCUCAGUCUCCAAAUUGUGCAGAAGUCUAUUCAAACUGAUUGAAAAAAAUUGGGGACUGGUGCCAUCAGGUAGACUGAGUGCAACAGCUUGGAGCAGCUUCUUUUAUUUUGUAAAUCUACUGAAGUAGAGGUGGUCUACAUAGUCAGAAUGCAGGUGGAAAGUGGGGACCUGAAGGACAUCAGAGCUCAUAGAACUUUCUUGAAGGGACCAGGGAGGAGUCGGAGGCAUACAUUGGCCAAUGUGCGCUUUGAUGUUGAAAAUGGUGCUUCCCCCAACCGUAGCCCCCUGGAUGCAGCCAGCCCAUCCUCCGGACUGGUACUUCAAAACCUUCCUCAACAGCGCAGAGAGUCCUUUCUCUACAGAUCUGACAGCGAUUUUGAUCUCUCGCCCAAGUCUCUGUCUCGAAAUUCUUCCCUUACAAGUGAACUGCAUGCAGAUGACUUGAUUGUGACUCCGUUUGCCCAGAUUUUGGCCAGUUUACGCAGUGUGCGGAACAACUAUAUUCUCCUCACAAAUGCUCCAACAAGCAAAACACGUAGGGGUUCAGCACAUAGUGGUAAUACAAUGAACCAGCACCAGAAUUUGAAUACUCCAAAAUUGUCUGAGGAAGCCUUUACUAAGCUUUCUGUAGAGACAUUGGAAGAAUUAGAUUGGUGUUUAGACCAGUUGGAGACAAUACAAACGCACAGAUCUGUAUCAGAUAUGGCUUCCAGCAAGUUUAAGAGGAUGCUGAAUCGUGAACUAAGCCACUUUGCAGAGUCCAGCAAAUCAGGCAACCAGAUAUCAGAAUACAUCUGCAGCACAUUUCUAGAUAAACAACAAGAAAUGGAUCUUCCUGUGAUGAAGGGGGAUGAUCAUCAUGAGCACAACCAAAAUCAGAGCAACAAAUACAACAGAGAGAUAAAAGACAAGAAGACUCCCAUGUCUCAAAUCAUGGGAGUGAGAAAACUGAAACAUGCCAACAGCUUCACUGGAGGUUCUGUUCCUCGUUUUGGAGUUGAAUGUGCAAAUGAAGAUGGUUUAGGAAAGUUGUUAAAUGAUAUAGACAAGUGGGGUGUGGACAUAUUUAAAAUAGCAGAAUACUCCAAAAACAGACCCUUGACUUGUGUGGUGUAUACAGUUUUCAGGGAAAGGGAAUUGUUGAAGAACUUUCAGAUUCCCCCACAGACACUUCUCACGUACUUGAUGCAUUUAGAAGAUCAUUAUCGCCGUGAUGUUCCAUACCAUAACAACGUUCAUGCAGCGGACGUAACUCAAUCCACUCACGUCCUGUUAUCGGCACCAGCUCUAGAGAAUGUGUUUACGGACUUGGAGAUUUUAGCAGCAAUAUUUGCAUGUGCAAUACAUGAUGUUGAUCACCCAGGAGUCACAAAUCAGUUCCUUAUCAAUACCAGUUCAGAAUUAGCCUUGAUGUACAAUGAUGAGUCAGUUUUAGAGAAUCACCAUUUGGCUGUGGCCUUCAAAUUACUAACAGAAGAAAACUGUGACAUAUUUGCUAACUUAAACAAAAAACAAAGACAGACAUUGAGGAGGAUGGUCAUUGACAUGGUGCUGGCUACUGAUAUGUCCAAGCACAUGAGUCUGCUGGCAGACUUGAAAACAAUGGUUGAAACCAAGAAGGUGGCUGGUUCAGGUGUUCUUCUUCUAGACAACUACACUGACAGAAUACAGGUUCUACAAAACAUGGUCCACUGUUCGGAUCUAAGCAACCCAACCAAACCCUUGGACCUGUACAAGCAGUGGACAACAAGAAUCAUGGAUGAGUUUUUCCGUCAAGGAGACAUAGAGCGAGAGAAGGACUUAGAUAUCAGCCCAAUGUGUGAUAAGCACAAUGCCACUGUGGAGAAAUCACAGGUUGGCUUCAUAGACUAUAUAGUUCACCCUCUGUGGGAGACAUGGGCAGACCUUGUGCACCCUGAUGCUCAGGACAUUUUAGACACACUGGAAGAUAACAGAGAUUGGUACCAAAGCAUGAUCCCCCUCAGUCCUUCAGGGAGCUUUGUCAACAAGCAAUCACGUACCAAUGAAAGUUCAAACAUAAACUCUGAACACCUGGACAACGUGCAAGAGGAAGUGAGCCCAGGAUGUAAAGACUCGGACUCUGCCAGUAUACAGUUCAAACUGACAUUGGAAGAUGAGGAACACAAGGGGGAGGGGCAUCACUCAUAGGUUCAGUAUGAUUGAAGGACUAGAGCUAAGGGAGUGGCUUCAUGUGUAGGUUUGUCAUCAUAGAAGUCUAUAAGAAAAGGAGUCAGUGAGGUAGACAUGUUGUCCGGAAGUAUUUUUGGAAUGUAUCCAAGGUACUCCUGUGCAAUGUGUGCUUGAUGGAAUGCAAAAAUAUGGAAGAAAAUGUCAAUGGUAGAAAUGCGGGGAUGUUGUAAAUUACUAAAAUUUAGUAAUCACUACUUUGGGUGUCAAGUGUAUACUCAUGAUUGAUAUAUAAUGGUAUAUACAGAGAUAAGGACUCGAGACAAAAAAUAUAUAACAGAAAGCCCUGCAUAGUUUUGUGCCAAAACCUCUUAGAAGUAUAUACUAUAAAUAUCAGGUGGCACAGCAGUUGAACUGAUUUACAGGUAAAUCUCAAGCAUUUAAAUGGCUGUUUCAUGUACAUUACAUCUUCUUUUUUUUCUCUGUAUCCUUACCUCCUGUGUCCUUUACUAUUAACAGAUAUUACUAAAGAGGCAUAUUAUUGUGAUGAAGUCUUCAGAUAUAUAUAUUGACAGUAGGUAAGAAAGGUCAGCAUAAUAUUUGCUUGUUUCCUAAUACCUUGUGUGGAUUUUAGGUAUGGCAGCACAACUCCAAGCCUUUCAUUGGUCUCAGUGAAUUAGGUUUUCCGGGAUAAUUAUUUCAUAAUUAUUUCAUAAAUGUAAAUAAAAAUUAUUAAUGGACAGCUUGAUAGUACUUUGACAGGUGAUUGCAUUAAGCUACAAUUACAUGAUUCUGUUGUUGACAUAAUCUUAGCCCUCUGGUCUUUUGUAAGAGCAUAUCACUAAUUUUUACCUAAUAUAUUAUAAUAUCAAACAUGAAAAUGGAAAACAUUCUUUUUCCCCAAAAAAUUCCAAUAAGGGCCUUGUAACAUUUCUUGGGAUUUGUUAGUUUGUUAAACAUUUUGAAGGUAUCGUUAUUCAUUUGAAUUGUCAAAUUUAUAGGCUAGUCCUGUUUAUCAGUCAGUGUGUGCUAAAGUACAUAAUGUUUUUCCUGUAAAAGACAGAUAUUAGACUAGGCUCUCUCUUAUUUAUAUGGUAAAGAAAGUAAGGGUUUUGUUCUCCAAAUAAUUAUAAAAUGUGGGUUAUUUAAUGUAAAUAUAAAUAGUUGUGCGAAUAUCUCCUUUAAUGGAGGUUUUUAAUGGGAUGUUUUCACCCAGUAAGGGUGUUUAGUUCAAUCUGUUUUUCUGAAGAAACACUGGGUGUUCUUUCAGUUAAUUUUUUUCAUUCCUUGUUACAUAUUGACUCCUUUAGUUUGUUGGCAAAAAAUGUAGUUAAGUUAAUAUACAUCAUCACUGGUAAUAUUGGCUGUCUAGGUACCAUGUGCGUUACCUAAAGCAUUGUUAGUUUGGUACUCACUAGUCUCUUAAAAUCACUGCUUAUGCUGUAUUAAUCCAUGGUUAUUAAGCUCAGGGUGACCAUUGUAACAGGUAGUUACCUUGACCAUCACCUUGCUUUAGACAAUCAACAGUUAUGCCCCUUUUUUUGUUAAAAGUAAUUGUUUUCAAGGCAGAUUGUGGUUAUUAAAGGUCUUGUAAGAUGGUUUGAGUAAAUGAAUCUCAAAACCUCACUAUAGGAUAGUUUAAUUGGAAUUGUAACUUUUCCAAAAACAAAAAAAAACAAAAAAAAAAAACACUUUACAUAUCAAAUGUUCAAGUAUGAAAAUGAGCAUAUGUAUGUGCUAAUAUAAAACCUGUAGUCUUUCUGUCAUAUGUACCCCAGCAAAUACCACUUAUUAAGCACUCUUCAAUAGGUCAUGAUGUAGUUCAUUACUUCUCUAUUUUAAGCUAAGCAUUUUUUUUAUUAUAGUUGUUUUUUGUUUUGUUUUGUUUAAUAUAGCACUUUUAUGCUGCAUUUUAAACUGUGUUGGUUUGGAGAUAAUUUAUGAAGAAAAGAAUCAAAUGAAGAUUAUUAAUGUUAAAGAGCAGAUUCAUGUUAGUUCAGUAUAUACAAUAUGUGAGAAUUUAUCAGCAGCCCAUAUAAUAGGCCAAAUACUUCCAUAUAGAUAUAAGCUUCAGUGUGUCCUUAACUUUGUUAAUAUUUUGAUGUGUAUCUAAAGGAAUUCUCCAUACCCUCAUCUUAUGUUUUCAAAGGGGCAUGUGUCUCAAAUAUAGAAAGAUAUAUAUAUAUUACUAUAUUUCAUCUUUGAAAAUUGUUUUUCAUUGUCUUCUUGUUAAAAUUCUGUUUUCAUUAUUUAUACUUGUACAUUUUCUGUAUAGUAUUGUAUAUAGCUCUGUUGAUGUAUAUAUAAUAACUGAAUGUCUCACUUUCCAGUCUGUCCAAGUUUCAAUAAAAUACAAUAUGAAAUUA